AUGGCAGAACCUCCAGCUAAACGUCAACGGACUAAUUUAACUUUUGAACAAAAAUACGAAAUCAUUUCAUAUAAAGAAAGUAAAAAGGAUGUUACACAAAGUGAUAUUAGUGUUCAUUUUUCAAAUGUAUGGAACAUUAAAAUAGGGAGAUCGACAGUGAGUGACAUUUUAAAAAACAAAGAGACAAUAACUAACUCUCCAAAAUCAAAACGUGUGCGUCAUCGAAGUGGAAAAUAUGAAACUCUUGAAAACGCGUUGUUCAUGUGGUUUAACGAUAUGAGGAGUAAAAAUGCUAUGAUAUCAGACGAAAUGUUAAUGUCUAAAGCUAAAAUAUUCGGACAACAAUUUGAAAUCGAAGAAAACUUUCAGUACAGCAAGGGCUGGGUACAGCGCUUCAAACAACGCCACGGACUGAAAUCCUUUAAAGCCCACGGAGAAGCAGGAAGCGUCGAUCUAUCUCUCGUGAAUACUGGUCGCAGUGAACUGAAGGAUUUAUUAGAGGUGUAUGAUGCCGAUGACGUCUAUAAUCUUGACGAGACUGGCUUGUUUUAUCGACUCGGCCCAAAUUCAACACUUGCCUCUGGUUCGAUCUACGGACUUAAACGAUCGAAAGAGAGAAUUUCCAUUGCCCUUUGCUGCAAUGCUUCUGGAACGGACAAGCAAAAACCGCUUGUAAUUGGGAAAUGUGCCAGGCCUAGAUGUUUUGGUAAAACUUUUGAUCCGAAGAUAUAUGUAAAUUACACUUAUAACAAAAAAGCCUGGAUGACGUCCUCUGUAUUCCAAGAUUGGUUGAAGCAAUUUGACAAGUCUAUGCGUUUACAAGGAAAACAUGUUGUUUUACUUGUUGACAACGCAUCUAGCCAUACUGAAAGUGGGUUGUUGCUAACAAACACUAAGACACUGAUGUAG